CUAGGGACCGCCUUGUCAUUUGCAGUCCUGGGUGGAUCCGCCGUAACCAACACCGGUCCCUCGAUAAUCAGUGGCAACGUUGGUGUCUAUCCUGGGUCAGCCAUAUCAGGCUUUCCUCCCGGCGUAGUCGUCAACGGAGUAAUCCAUAUGACAGAUGCAGUUGCAGCGCAGGCACAGGCAGAUGUGACAACUGCUUACAAUGUAGCGGCUGGUUUACCGCCUGACACUGACCUGACUGGCCAGGACCUGGGCGGUAUGACGCUUGUUGCAGGUGUCUAUUCCUUCUCUACCAGUGCGCAGCUUACUGGUGCUCUCGUACUUGACGGCCAAGGCGACUCAAGUAGUGUCUGGGUUUUCCAAAUAGGCACAACGCUGACCACGGCAACCGCUUCUUCUGUGAUUCUUAUCGGCGGCGCCUCGCCCUGCAACGUCUUCUGGCAGGUGGGCAGCUCAGCUACUAUUGGUACUACGACUACUUUUGUUGGCAACGUGCUGGCGCUCCAAUCUAUCACUUUGGUCACUGGUGCAAGUUCUAAUGGAGGGCUAUACGCCAGGAAUGGCGCUGUGACUUUGGAUACCAAUAACGUUAACGCC